UUCCCUCUUGACCAUCAACCACCACGUCAUUACGGCAUCUCCUACUUUUAUUCCUUAAUUCUCCUCCAUAACGGCGCCGAGAUACCUGAGGCCAACAUCGACGCUGUUCACCGCUGCGGCGACAGUCGAAGGAUGCAGAAUGACGAAAUAGAAACGAUGCCUCAGCCGGCGGUGAAGAACUUGCGCUCCAAGUUUGAGCAGCUCGCCGUCGCGACGUCGGCGACCGCGCAGAAUGGGAUUAGGCGGUCACCGAGCAGGAACGGGAACAGUUCGUUGUUGGAGCCAGGCAGUCCGAGGCAGAGGACGACAUCCGGUUCGUAUACUCAUGAAGUCCAGGACGAAAUACAACAUUUGCGGGCUUCAUCGUCGUCGUCGGACCUCAGGAAGCGACCACCCCCACCCCCGCCUUCUAGAGGACUCAUGAUCAACACGCCAUCACCAAAUCCAUCACCACUGCUACGCCCCGUGCCUAUACCUUCACUGCCUAUACCUUCACUUGCACCGGCAAAUAACGUGGUGAACGCGGGGCACCCCCGCACCCCAUCUAUAUCUUUAGUCGACGCUGACAAACAUGCGGAGGGCGAAAGUGAUGGGACACCGGCAGUCACGAGCAUUUCAUCGCUGCGUUCCAAGUUCUCGAAUAUCGAUUCCAAAGGACAUUUCUCGAGAGCUUCAGAAUCGCAUAUUGUGCCCCAUCCAAAGCCUCAUGUUCCUUAUAAAAUACGGUCACACCCAGAUCCGCCUUUUACCAGCAAUGAAGAUCCCCUCAUCGACCUGAGCCCGCGCUCCAGCUCGUCCAGUCUUUCCUCGCCUGAUAGCGAACUGAGUCAGCAUUCCGCUCCUCUUCCCAAGGCUAACCGCCACCCGCCGCCACCUCGACCACCACCGAGGCACAGAGCCUCUGCGCUGCCGUACACUCCAACUGCAGAAACACCACCCCCUUUACCUUCACGGCCCAACGCAGCCAUUAGCCCCGUGGGAAUCGAUUGCAAUCCUCCGACCCUUCCACCACGUCUUCCUAAUCGUGCUCGUGUCACCCCCCCACCCCCCACUGUACAGUCUGAUUUAGCCCCCAAUCCUCAAUCCAAUACGGAACGGCGAGUGCUGGGCGCUAGCAGGCUUCUGCCUCCUCCGACCCGGACCAUCGCUUUAGGCGAUAAACUACCACCUGCUCGCCGUGCCGUACCUUCUGACUCUUCCGAUGACGAUUCGGAUGAUGAGGAUCUGAAGGGCACUGGGGUGGAUAUGCUUCCCGACAGUAGUCAGUCCUCUCGGAGGCCUCCAUUCAUGCAUGACGUCCACGAAGGAUAUAAAAUACAUACCAAAAUCACUGUCGAGUUGUACACCGGCCAUGUACGCAUGUCUGGGACGCGUGUUGUUAUUGGACAUAGCCACAAGAUAAGGUUAUACGACCUUGCUGUGACAGAUACCCCUUUGUGGGUGCUUGAUUCGAAGGAAGUUGGUGUUAAGGGUGUUACAAUUACGAGCGUCGAGUUUCGGUCUGCGAAGGAGCGGCAUAACAAAGGACGAUACGCAUGGGUGGGGACGAAAGAGGGGCACAUAUUUGAGGUGGAUAUUAAGAGCGGUCAAUUCAGUGGCGUGAAGCUCUCCGCCCACCUUUAUGGCGUAGCCCAUUUCUUUCGCCACGGACACUCAAUGGUAUCUGUAGAUGAAGCUGGAAAGGUCCUGGUCUUUACCCCCGACUCUGAAGACGAAGACAUCAGGUUAUCGCAUACCCAACCGCGGGUGGUGAGAAUAACGGAAAAGGUAGAUUUUGCAAAGUUACUGGGAGGAAUGCUCUGGACAGCAUCGAGGUCGGACAAGGCGGGAGCAAAAACCCCUGCAAAGACGCCCAUUAUACGGAUUUAUGAUAUUUUUUCGCCAGGGUGCGUGGGACGGACAGUAUUGCCGAGUGAGCAUGUUGGACCUGUGACAUGUGCUGCUGUUCUGCCGUCAGAUCCAGAACGUGCGUAUGUUGGGCACCAGGGGGGGUACAUCACCAUUUGGGCUCUGAAUACGGAGGACCGGUAUCCCAAGUGUGUGGAGGUAAUGAAGAUAUCGACGUCAGAUAUUCUGUGCCUUGAGGGUGUGAAUGAUAGACUAUGGGCGGGGGGCAGGGGUGGAACGAUAUCGGCGUACGACGUGGUUCCGAGGCCGUGGGUCGCGACCAACUGCUGGAAUCCGAACCCGGGAAUGCCUGUAAUGAAGCUGCAGGUUGAUCCGCUUGGACUGGAGUGUACGGGGAGGCUCUGUGUGCUGAGCGUGAGCAGGGAUGAAGCGCUGAGGCUCUGGGAUGGAUUGCUUUCCUAUGAUUGGAUAGAUCACGAACUGAUGAAGCACGAACAAUCGUACAGCCAGUUCCGAGAUCUCACAGUUCUUCUCGUGUCAUGGAACUGUGACGCUGCCAAGCCAGACUCUCUGACCGGCGACCCUGCCAACAUCAACUUCUUGCACGACGUCUUGACGAGCGUUGAUAGCCCGGACAUCAUCUCGUUUGGGUUCCAGGAGGUGAUAGAUUUGGAAAGUAGGAGAAUGGCGGCGAAGAAUGUGUUGCUGACGGGUGGUGGGAAGAAGCACGAGGAGGGUGUGCUACCGGGGCUUUCUGAGAAGGUUACUGGGGCGUAUAAGAGGUGGUUUGACAGGCUUUUGUUGGCCGUGAGGCUGGCGAUGCCACCGGAGUGUCCGUAUACGGUCGUGCACACGGAGAGCCUCGUGGGUCUAUUUACGUGCAUCUUUGUGAAGAACGCGGAGAGGGUGACCUUGAGGGAUAUGGCUAUUUCAACUAUUAAAAGAGGCAUGGGGGGCCGAUAUGGUAAUAAGGGCGGUAUUGUUGCUCGCUUCAUCAUCGAAGACUCUUCAAUGUGCUUCAUUAACUGCCAUCUGGGCGCUGGUCAGAACAAAGUCCGAACGCGCAAUGCCGACAUUGCUAGUAUCCUUGAAGAGAAAACUAUAUUCCCAAUGUCUCCAGAAUCCGUUCCUUUCGUUGGUGGUGGUGAUGGAUCAGCUGUUAGAGAUCAUGAAAUGGUUUUCAUCAAUGGUGAUAUGAAUUAUCGUAUCGACCAGCGGCGGGAUGCCAUCGUCGCAGCUGUUCGCGCCAAUGAAUGGGAGUCGAUGCUUUCUCAUGAUCAGCUAUUGAAGGAGAUCAAGUAUAAUCGUGGAUGUCGUCUGCGAGGGUUCUCGGAGGGGCCGCUUACGUUCCCCCCGACAUACAAGUAUGAUCCUCGGUCAAAUGAGUACGACUCGUCUGAGAAACGUCGUUCGCCGGCGUGGUGCGACCGUGUUCUGUGGCGCUCCAGGGUUCCGUCGAGAGUGGAACAACUGCAUUAUCGGCGGUACGAGGCGAACGUUUCAGACCACCGGCCCGUCUCGUCUGCUUUCAGGAUGACAGUUAAGAGUGUGCGUCAUGAGAUACGGCAGAAGUAUAAGUCGGAGGUGCAGGUGAGGUGGGUCGAGGAGGAGCAGAAGCGCAUCGCGGUGUUGAGGGUGUUUUAUGUGAGUAAACAGUUUGUAUGAGCGGUUUUCUUUUUUUUUUUUUUAAUUGCAAGGUUACUUUAUAUCCCCUUCCUUCCCCCUCCUCCUCCUCUCAUGUGUACUGUACCAUAACCCAUAACCGCCGUUCAAUUUGGACAGCCUUUAGGACCAUUUAUGUAACUCCGUGUAUUCACUCGUUUGUAACUCGCAUCCGUUCCAUCGUAGAUAGUCAGCCUAGUAGGGUAGGGUAGGGUAAAGCAUCAGCGUUGAUUGGCGCUGAGAGUAAUGAAGCUUUGGGCGAUGGAUCGUGCCUUUGAGAUCGUACCUCUUGGGGUGCGGUCAUUGUCCUAUAUGCAACCCUCGUUGGUACUGAGGUAAAUU